UAUAUUCCAAUUAAUGCAUGCACAGUUUUAAUGCAGCUCUACAAAUGGGCUACUACAGGUGGGCUUGGUUAAGACCUGUUUAAAAUACCUGAGCUGUUUUUUUUUUAUAAACCUAAUCUCUAUCCACCACAGAAAAUAAUUUCACACAUAAUCUGUACUAACAAAAUAUCAAACCUGUUAGGUCAGUGUUGUUGAACUGUAUUCAGUUUAUACUAACAAAGCUGUAAGAAAAAUUACGAAAUCUAACAUCAAUCUUGAGUUGUAUGAAUUGUCAGGUCACAUUUUGGCAACUAUAAUACAAAUUCAAAAAUACAGCCAUUACAUUUUAACAAUAAAGGGGUUAGGAAAGUUACCAAAGCUCUUCUUAUAGAGUUUUGAGCAUCAUUCAUUCAUCUUCAGUAACUACUUUGUCCUGGUCAGGGUUGUGGUGGAUCCGGAGUCUAUCCUGGGAACGCUGGCACAGAGUGGGAAUACACCCUGAAUGGGACGCCAGUCUAUCACAGGGCUCCACACACACAUUCACACUUAGGAGGGAAUUUAGCGCAACCAAUCCACCUACAGGCGUGUUCUUGGGAGGUGGGAGGAAACUGGAGAACCCAGAGAAAACCCAUGCAGACAUGCUGACAACAUGUGAAACUCCACACAGACCAUAACUCGAGCUCAGGAUUGAACCGGGGAUUCUGGAGCUGCAUCACUGUGCCAUAUCACUGGAGCAAUACUAUAAACCAAAAAACAAAAAAUUCUGGUUUAUUACACUUUACUGAAUGUGAUUUAGUGUCCAUGCCUGGUUAUGCUGGUACCACUGGCAUAAUGCCAAAUUCUUCCCUGUAAAAAUGUAGUUCCAUCUCUGAAUGGAGAAAUUAUAAAGAUUUAGAGUUUCAGUGAUCUAUUCAUUAGGCCCCAACAACGGCCCUUAGACUGCCAUUAUGAGUGAGUCUGGAGUAAAAGAUUUUCCUUUUCUUUCUUAGUACAUGAGUGAAAAGAUUUGGAUAGACAAUAGGUAAAAAAAAAAAUCCCUGCUGAAUUAUUCCUAUAAACUGAUACUUUAUUCAUGUAAUCCAAAACUGCAAGUAUAGAGGAAGGCAUGUAAAGCAUGAAUUAAAGGCAAUGUUCUGACAAUGGUUAUGAUUCCUCUUAAAAUCCUGCUCUAUUCAAGGAAACCACACUCACACACACACACGCACACACACACACACACACACACAGAGAGAGACAGAAAGAGAGUGAGAGGGUGAUGGGAAGGUAGAAUAGAGGGACAGAAAGAAACAGAGGCAGAAAGAGAGUGUGUGAGACAGAGACAGUGAGAGAGAAAGUGAGUGAGAUAGAUAGAUAAGAGAGACAGAGUUUGAGAGGCAGAGAGAGAGGGAGGAACAUAAAGAGAGUGAGACAGAGAAAGUGAGAGAGAGUGACAGCUAGCCUGUUAUAUUAGUAGACGUCACAUUUCACUGAAAGUCUUUGGGUGUCUCUUUUCUCUAAAGUCUACUUUGUGGUUGAGCUGCUGCCUGUUAACGCUGUUAUGCGCUCAAACGAUGCAGUUAAGACAAGGCACGCUUUUGAUGAUGUUUCUCCUAUUGGAGUCCAGUGCACUCGUGUGGAGUCACACGCUGCAUCAGAUGGACAUGCGAGAUGGGGACGUGCAUCGCCUGCCUUGUGCUACUGAGAAAACUACUGUGAUGUGCAAAUUGUCCGAAGCGUAUCUUCAAGGUUCUCAGAUGACUCUGCUGGAGGUUGUAGCUGGACAGAUGGUUGAAGUUCAUUUAAGUUCAAACAGUUCAGAAAAUUCCACAAGAUGCCUCUGGGAACAAAGAGGGACAUCCGAUUUGCUCUUGUUUGAGUCUUUCCAAAGAGGCAUGGACGGCAUUUACACCGUGGUCUGUGGCGACCGCAAAGCUGCCAACAUCUCAGUCCACAUUCAUUCAUCAGCAAGGAGACCCUCAGUGCCACAGCUGACAGUCAGUGGCGGUGAAGAUUACACUGCACAUGUCCUAUGUGUGUCUGAGGGAAGUCCCAAACCGACAAUCGUGUGGUAUGAAAAUGAAAAACGUGUUAGGCAAGGAGUAGAGGAGAUAAAACGGACAGAAAAAGAAAUGACCGAGAGCAAACUGACCAGUUUGCACGAGCAUAGCUCAAAUAUAAAGUGCUGUGCUACAAACCCCCACGGAGAAGAAUGCUCCUGCAUUUAUCAUUACGACCUUGACAGUGCUAUGCUGAAAAGUGAGGCUCCUCAGAUUCUGCUGCGUCCUGGUCAGUCUCUCUCACUCCAGUGUAAAAAAAAUGAUGAAAACAGCAACCUUUCCAUGAAGUGGUACUUCAACAACCACACCGAGCUCACAGGAGUAACUUCACAGCAUUAUACCAUAUUGACGGAGUAUUAUUCCAUUGCCUCAGUUAGUGUGAACAGCAGUGGAGAAUAUCGUUGCAAGAGCAAUCACGGGCAAACAAAAGCCAUAAAAGUUCAGGUCCUUGAAAAUGACUUGCUGGAGAUACUGGAACUGAACAAACAAUUCACAAUCCAGGACAAAGACAAGGCAAAUUUCUGCUUCCACUCUAAGGUGCUCUCUCACCCAAAAGCGCAGUGUCACUGGAUCACCCCAAGCGGCACCGUAGUCCAGUGCAGUGAAACUCAGUACCUCUGGGGUGAAAGCACUUUUACAUUGUGUAACCCAGAACCAGGCCAGUAUCAGAUCCAGCUGAGGGCUGGUAGAAAGGUCAUCACGGAAAGUAUGUCCCUCUGUGUGACAGAUAUUCCUAAGUUUCUGCUACUCCAAGACCUGGCCCAAGUCACCUGUAUGACCAGAAGUGUCCUUCCUGUAAACGUUUCCUGGAUGACCUGUCCAUCAGAUGCUGACUUUAGCGACCCCUCAGUGUGGAAAGAGACAUAUAUUGAUUCUCCAGAGUACUCAGACUCUGAGCAGUUCUGCCAGAAGAACGUCGUCGUCUCUCGGCCUUUGAGUGAUGUGAACGAUCACUUUGUGAAAUGCUGCAAUAAUGCAGUUUCAUACUGCAGUGAGCAAAUCCUCGUGAAAAUAUCUUCAGCAAACUCUUUAUUCCUGGUGGUGACAUGCGGCCUGCUUGUCUUCGCCCUCAUGCUGGUCAGCGUCCUCCUGUUUCAUUUCAUCCGCAAAAAAAAGCCUGGUUAUGAGACACAGAUCCAGAUGAUUCAGAUGGUGGGACCCACUGAUAACGACUACAUCUACAUCGACUUCAGAGAUUUUAAAUAUAACCAGAAAUUGGAGUUUCCUCGAGAGAAUCUGGAACUGGGGAAAGAGCUGGGCUCUGGAGCUUUUGGCAUGGUCGUGCAGGCUACAGCAUAUGGGAUCAGCAAGCCUGGAGUGUCCAUGCAAGUUGCAGUGAAAAUGCUAAAAGAGAAGCACCAAGCAGUGGAGAAAGAAGCCUUGAUGUCUGAGCUGAAGAUGUUAACUUACAUUGGACAUCACAUCAACAUUGUGAACCUGCUGGGAGCCUGCACUGGCCCAGGUCCUAUUUACCUGAUCUUUCAAUUCUGCCGUUAUGGAGACCUGCUGAAUUAUCUGAAGAACAACAGAGAGCACUUCUGCAAAUCCUUAACAGAUGCUUUCAACAAAGACAGAUUCAGCAGCCUGUACAACUACCAGCAGAAGAGAAACUCCAGUGACUUUGUUCAGUCUGGUGAUAACCCGUACAUGCCCAUGGCCCCAGUGAACAAGGAACAGGAGGCGCUGCUCAGCUCCACCGACAUUAAUGAGGAUAUAUUUGAAAAUGAAGAUGAGGAAGACCUUCGGACUCUCACCUAUGAAGAUCUCCUGAGCUUCUCCUACCAGGUGGCCAAGGGCAUGGAGUUCCUUUCCUCUAAAAACUGUAUCCAUCGAGACUUGGCAGCCAGAAACAUCUUAGUGACCCGAAGCAGACUGGUGAAGAUCGGUGACUUUGGUCUGGCGCGAGAUAUCGAAAACGACUCUAACUAUGUGGUGAGAGGAAACGCUCGAUUACCAGUGAAGUGGAUGGCCCCGGAGAGUAUUUUUAAAGGGAUGUACACCAUGGAGAGUGACGUCUGGGCCUAUGGCAUCCUGCUCUGGGAGAUCUUCUCUCUGGGUGUGACUCCGUAUCCUGGUAUAAAAGUGGAUAACACCUUCUAUGCCAUGAUUGAGAGAGGGUUUCAGAUGGAGCGCCCGUAUUAUGCCUCUGAGUCUGUGUAUAAGGUGAUGUGCCGCUGUUGGGCUCUGGAACCUAAAGACCGACCCUGUUUCUCCAAACUUGUGGCUUUCAUGGAGUACCAGCUGAGUGAUGUUGAAAAACAGCUCUACUAUAAUAUCCAAGGGCAGAAAAGCGGUGACUCAGUGUACCAAAAUGCUCCAGUGACCUCAGAACCUCAUGAAAUAGUAAAAGAAGAAGCACAUCAGUCAUCGGUGUCAGAUUCGUCCUGCCACACUGAAACCACAGACAGAGAAAUAAUUACUUACCAUUAAAAAUACUUAAGGCUACACUCAGUACAGUUACCGUCAGGGCUGGGCGAUAUGGCUAAAAUAUCACAUCAUGAUUCUCAAAAGCAUUUCUACAAUACACAAUAUUUAUCAUGAUUUAUAGGUUUGUUCACAAACCGCCAGCAAUAGAGUAAGUUUUGCAUUUUAAAAAAUGUUUGAUGAUUUAUGUCUACAAAAAUAAAUUUAUUGUAUUUUUAAUAGUUUUAUAUCAAAUUUAUAAAAAUAUUUGAAAAAUUUAUAAAAAUCUAAAAAAAUAACACUAAAAAGGAGAAAAAAAUAACAAAUUAUUUUGAUUUUAGAAUUUUAAAGUUUAAGUACAAACUUUUAACAUCAAAUCAAAUGCUUCCAUUUUUUUUUAUCUAAAUCUUUUAUAAAUUAAAAAAAAUUAUAUCACAAUAUCCAAAAUGUCUUAGAAAUGGGUAUUGUGACAUAAUUUAUCAGGAUAUAGAUAUUAUGUCAUCAUAUCACCCAGCCCUAUUUAUAGCAAUACAAAAUUCAAUGUGCUUUUAUUUCUUAGUCCUUUUUUAAACAACAAUGCAAGUCAAAACCUUUUCGUGUUCACAUUUGGGUUAAAGCAUUAUAUAUAUUUAGAAGGCUCAAGCAUUAUAUAUAUUUAGAAAUAUGUUUAUUCUUAAUAUUUUAUAUUUUUAUGCAUGUAUGUUCAUGGCAUUUGAUGAUAUAUUCACGGUUUUGGAUCAUCAUGUGCUCCACUGACUUAAUCUGUCUUAAUCUGUAAUUUUUAAAUUAAUGUGCGCAAUUUGUAAAUUUGCUCUGUUUCAUUUCAAUAAAUGGAUUAAUUCAGUAA